AGAAGAAGAAAGAAGGUGUGUGCCAAUAAUUGGUGAUAUGGAGGGAGAAAAACUAGGGACGAUUCUGAUCACCAACGACGACGGCAUAGAUGCUCCUGGCUUACGAGCACUGGUUCAGUCACUCGUUUCUUCCAAUCUCUUCAACAUUCAAGUAUGCGCUCCCGAUAGCGAGAAAUCAGCUGUUAGUCACAGCAUCACAUGGCUCCAACCAAUAGCCGUUAAGCAAGUGAACAUUGCCGGAACCACCGCAUUUGCGGUUUCUGGGACGCCCGCUGAUUGUGCUUCUCUAGGGGUUUCGAAAGCUCUCUUUCCCACAGUACCUGAUUUGGUAGUCAGUGGCAUAAACAAGGGUAGCAACUGCGGUUAUCACAUUGUUUACUCGGGUACUGUAGCUGGAGCCCGAGAGGCCUUCUUCAAUGAUGUACCCUCCAUCUCCAUUUCAUAUAACUGGAUUAAAGGAAAGAGUACUCUAAAUGAUUUUGUCCUUGCUGCACAAGUAUGCCUACCUAUCAUAAGUGCUGUACUGGUUGAGACAAAGAAUCCAAGUUACCCUAGAAAAUGCUUUUUGAAUGUAGAUGUGCCAAACGAUGUUGCUAACCAUAAGGGUUACAAGCUAACUAAACAGGGUAAAAGUAUCAUCAAGAUGGGAUGGAGACAAGUCACCUCUGAGACAGAAGGACAAAAAAUGUCCUCUGAUAUGACCAAUACAGAUGCAGAAACACCAAAGCAUUUUGACCCAUCAUCUAUAUCAUCCGAACAUCUUUUGUUUGCAAGAGAGGUGAGAGGUUCCGUAAUUGAUGACGAUGAUACAGACUACAGACGUUUGCUGGAAGGAUAUAUCACUGUUACUCCUCUUGCUGCUCUCUCUCAUGCGGAGGUAGAUUGUCAGGCCUACUUUAAGAAUUGGUUACAAAGUGUCCCUGAACUCUCCUCUUCAUCAUCUUUAUAACGCUCUGAAAGAAGGAAGUGUGUUGCAUGUAGUGAAAGAGUGUUUAAAGAAUAGAAGAAGCAUUGUGCUAAAUACAAUGUGAAGAGAUGACAAAAGCAUUUCUGGAAAAACUAGCAGGAGUAAGAGAAUAAUGCAGCUAUGGAAUGUGUGAUGGAACGUACUCUUCUUUUGAGUUGAAUGCAUCCGGAACCAAAGCUUCUUGAGUGGAGAGAUGAGGGAUUGCAGCCACCCCAUUUGGUGAAGUGGGUGUGGCUCAUGCAGGUGUAACAAACAUGAGGGACAUAAUAAGAAGAGGGUGAGAGAGAUAAAGAGGAGACCUCUACACCCUUUGCUUAAACAAGGGUGAACAUUUUGCAAGGUCGCUUUUCAUGUUUUUAGACAUUUUUACAUUCCCUUGCAGCCCAAUCAUGAAAUUCACAUUUGUUGCUGGUACAUUGUCCCUUUCGAACCUCUUAUCCCUUAUAGAAGAAAAAGAAAACACUCCACCAAUCAUCUUUGCAUCUCACACUUUCUUGACCAUAAAAAAAGAAAAAUAAAUAAAGAAGCCUCUCUUGGUAUCCGUUUUUCCCUUUCCCUAAAGAGUGGUGGUGGCUUAUGCCUGAAGAUAAACUUCCCUUUUUUUCACCAUCAUUUGGCAUCUCUAUUAGAGGUAAAAGGCACACAUGGGGAAGGUUUCCAUAUUUGACACAUAGGCCCUCCUCUUGCAUUUUAAGCAAGUACAAUCUCACUUUCAUAGAGUCUCCAACAAGGCACACCCAGCUUUGUUUCCUGUUAGUCCACCUGUUCCUCUAGGGUGUCUUACAAGAGUAAACACAAUACUCACUCUGGAAUGUUUUGCUGACUCAGCUUCCACACGUCACUUCCAUGGAUAUGAUUUGACUUGUGUAUGUAUUACACUCCUAAUGGUAGUAGGUACGUACCAAGCUAUCAAUAAUUAUAGCAUGAACAAUUCUUCUAAACAUUGGGAAAACAUAUUUACGG